CUGAGACACGGGGAAACUCUUGCCCCGUCCAAAGCCUCCCCUUCUCCUCCUCUCCUCCACUGACAGAAUCAAGGGGGUAUGGCCUGGAGGUGCUCACAAUUGCUACUGGCCCCUGUGCUGCUGCUGGUCCUGGCCUCAGGUGUCUGGGGGUCGACAGUUGUGUCUGAGGAACUUCAUACAGUGGUAGGACAGGACCUCUCCGUGCGGUGCCAAUACAAGCCUGAAGCAGGGCCUUAUGUGCCGAAAUCAUGGUGUCGGCAGACAUCUCCAAAUAAAUGUAACAGAGUGGUCACAACCUCUGAGCCUCGGAGAGCAGUCAAAGAGUCACAACACACAAUCUGGGACGAUCCUGAAGCUGGCUUCUUCAGCAUCACUGUCACUCAGCUCACGGAGAAGGACUCGGCAUUCUACUGGUGUGGACUAUUUAGCGCUUCCCAAAAUGUAAUCGACGUUCUCAGAAACAUCAGCCUGGUGGUGUCUCAGGCUUUGCCCACUCUUCCUCCACCGACCAGCAUCCGGCUCCAAACAAAGAUGGGUAGGUUUUGGAGGAGGAAAGAUGGAUGGCCAGGCAACCUGGGGAGCCUGAGAUUCAGUGGGGCCUUCCCCUUGGUCUUGGUCUCCGUCCUGGUCACCGGAGUGACCGCCAUCUUUGCGUCCUUCUUAGUUCUGACCACUUCUCCAGAGGAAACCACUGGCUUUUUCACCAAUGGCUCUGAGCACAGAAAGCACAGUUCUCCUUCCCCUCCGGGCUGGGUCUCCCCCAGGCUUCCAGUCUUUGUGCAGUAUGGACUCCUGCUGUUCAAGGGCCUGAUGCUGUCAGUUUGCUGUGUGGUCCUUUGCCGGAGACGCUGCCAGGGGCGUGAGGAUAUGACAGAGACAGUGAUGAUGGAGGCUAAGGAAUACCCCAGCCUUCCUGAAGCCUCGGAGUCCUUGGGCACAUUUAGCCGUAUGUCAGAGUGUGAGAAGAAUGAUUAUUCUCCUAACCCUACCCAGUGGCUGCCCGACCACUGCAUAGCACAACCCCACUGAAGUCACCAGGCAAGCCCACGGGAGACAGAUCACCAGUGGUGACUGUCACUCUGGCAUUGAGCACCCUAAGGUCCACGCUCCCCCACAUCACAGAUCUCCCCCAAGCUGACCACCCUUGGGAAGUUAAUCUGCAUUGGGGUCAGACCCUCUCACGGCCCCCAUCACCCGUGCCUUCUCUCCCAGGACUUCCUCAUUCUCUCUGCUGCCUCCAUUGGCAUCACAUGCCUCACCGCUCCAUUUCCUGAGUAUGUCCACUUGUGCCUGAGUACAGACUCUAAGAUCGCAUCAGAGCAGAAUGUGGAAACAUCAUAUCCCCUGGCUUCCUCUCUUCUUGCUCCAGAUUCCUUAAAAUGAGAGAAAAGUGUCUUAAAGGAUAAGAUGGGGAACCAAGAAAGGCUGUGAUCUGCAGACUACGAACAGAGGAAGCCAAGAAGUUAAAGAAAAUAGGUGGAUUUUUAACAAGCUCCCCAAACAGACGGCUCCUUCAGCCACAUGUGAGAGCUGACCACCAGAGGUCAGUGUUGUGCUGGUUUAUCAAGAGGCAAUCUCAUCUUCGCAGAGAAAGUCUGCUUGUACAAACAUGAUUAUUGACUUGUGUGUGUGUAGGGGAUCCUUUGGGGGAGCAAAACAAUGUCACAUCCAUAAAACAAGAAGAAGCCAGAAUGAUGUUCAGCACAUGUGAUGUCCAGUGCAGCCUGGACCCUGGACAUUCAGCAUGGACAUCUGCCGUUUACAGCAACCUUGAAAAGGCCACCACAAUGACAGGAUGGU